AAAUGAGAACAACAGACGCAAACUGAGCCUUGCCUUCUGUAGGUAAUUUUGAUACCUUGCACCAUCUUUUAAAUACGUAUCCAAUGCUUGAAAUUUGAGACCGAUUUGUUUUCGCAAGCUGUAUUGAACUUUUAAGGCCUGGUGCUCUAUCACCGUAUCGCCAUUUGUGCUGGUUUAAAAUGACCAGUUCCCGUUCGUUGUUUCUAGCCUGGUGCAGUGGUGCUCCUAUCACCAUUCGGGCUGGUUUAAAAUGACCAGUCCCCGGUCGUUGUUUGCUGCUUGUGAUAGGGACCAUCGACGAGGACGUGCUUGGCAUGAAGUUUCCUAGCUGAACUAAAUAGCUAUAGCUUAAAACCGUUGUUGAGCUGACCAUGAACAAUCCAAAAACACCCCCACCAGGCCACCAACUUUGUGGACCUGUACUUUAUUUCAGCGAAAAGAAUCCCAUGGGAACCCGUACAAUUCUCGGACAUGCCUACAGUCCCUAGCUUUGCUACUUUGUAAGCUUCAAUCUCCAUGAUAAGAUGCAUGUUCCCAAAAUCUCCAUAAUAAUGUUCUUCAAACCCAAGUUUUAAGUACAGAUUUUUAUAUUGACUUUUAAUAACAAAUCGAUAUGUGCUGCCUCUCGCUCCUGGUUAGCCGUUCUUGUUCGUGCUGGCCCUGUUUUGUUGGUCACGGUGAGACGGCGGGGGUGCUUGCAAGGCCGUGGUGGCACGUGGUGGUGGGCGGCGAGUGUGGUGGAGCACGAUGAAACUUCUGCGGCAGGGUUGCGAGGGUCGGGAGAAAUCCCUGUCGGUUUUGCCGACAUUGACGCAGUGACAUCCGCAGGCGCCAAUCUUCCUUCUUUAAGGGCGUUGGGUGAACCCAUGUUUCCCUGUCCUUGCGUGUACGGGGAACCGUAGGACCAGUCCGGGCAGCAGCGUCGUCAUCGUCGCAUCCUUUCUUGAAGGUGUUGCUUGGUACGCGGGGCUUCAGAGUGCUAGGAGCGUGGUGAGAAUUAUCCAGCGGGCGCGGUUGCGAGACAUUCCCGUUUUCUUCAUCCGACCUUUUCGACAUUAGUUUCUCUUUUCUUUCUUUUAUGUUUUCUUUUGGGUAUGCUUGUGUUGUUUGCUCCAGUAAUGGUUCCAAUGUUGUAUCGGUGGUGUCCUAUAUUAAUAUAGCGGGGCAAUAGCCUGCUUUGAGGAGGAUAACGAAUCGAUGAUUCUUUCAAGUUAUAUUUAUUUGAGCCCGUACAUAGAAAUUUAUUUCUCGCAAAUGGAUUCUAAUUGGAAUAUAUUUACUAGUCAUGUGUUCAAUUUUCUGCUGCUGGUAUGUAGCAUGUUAUUCUCGUGCAAUGUUAAUCCCUACAGAAAAAAUGCAUUGCCAUUCCCGCACGAUGCCUGUAUUUUUUCUGCUGUCUUUACGUAUCUCUCUAUUAAUAAAGACUCUCUAGCAUCAACAAAACACCGGUAUGACAUCAAAUUUUGUUUUAACAAAGCCACAAUUAUCAGCCGAGUUAGAAACCUAGGAGGGAUCGGUCAUGGACUCAUGGUCAUACCUAGUAAGUCACCUGGAGUCCUAGACUAGACAGAUCAUCAACUCAUCAUCGUCCAAAAGAGAAAACCCCCAAACUCUUUAGGACCUACCGCCGCCGGCGCAGAAACACCUCGUAUCUUACGAAAUCGCCGGACAUGGCGACCACCGUCGGCACCGAUCUCUCACGCGACCGCAUCAGCAACCUCGCGGACAGUACCCUCGUGACCAUCCUCUCCAGGCUCUGUAUGGACGAAGCGGCGAGGUGUUCGAUCCUCUCCUCUCGCUGGCGCCACCUCUUCCCGUCCACUCUGCUCAACUUCAGAGCCUUCACUAGAAGCGGCCGGAACGUCGUCAAGGCCGUCACCUCCAUCCUCGCCGCCUACCCCGACGAGCCCGUACUCUCCUUGAGGACGGGCAUGCUCUUCUUCCGCCCCCAGGACAAGGCCGCCGUCGACGUCUGGCUCCGGGAUCUGUCGAACCGCGGCAUCGAAGAACUCUCCCUCUGGUUCGGAUUCGACGAGAAGCGGCGGCCGAUCCCGGAAUCCCUCUUCGCCUGCUCCUCCCUGAGACGCCUCCACGUGAUCAACGGAACCUUCCCUGACACAACCGAGGCCGCCGCCGCGUCCCUCGCCCGCCUCACAAAGAUCGAGCUGUCCGACGUCAGAAUCUCCCAGAACUCGAUCAACUCCCUGCUCUCGCAGUGCACGGUGCUGGAGCACCUGACCAUCAAAUUCACCGGCAGGUUGGACAGCCUCCGUCUCCGGUCUCGGAGCCUCAAGGUCCUGAACAGCACCGGCGACUUCGAGAAGCUCGUCAUCGAUGACGCUCCCAACCUGGAGCGGGUGGUCGACAAGCUCAUGAACCAAAGAAAGGUGCAUAUCGAGGUCGUGUACGCGCCAAAGCUGGAGUUCUUAGGCUACCUCGGCAUGUCCAACGAGAUUGGCAUCGGAGACACCAUCUUCAAGGGGGAAAUAAUGCGUGUUGAGACUCUUAUGCCAAGGAUAAAGACACUUGCCGUCGAGAUGAGCUACAUGAAGGAGGGGUACACCACCUGGUUUAUGCAGCUGCUCAGGCUGUUUCCUCACUUGGAGACGCUCUACAUCAAGAGGGACAGUUCGUACAUGGUCGAAUUCACUGCGCCUGGAUCGUGGGAGAUGCGUCGACCCAUCCCUUGCAUCCUGAACCACCUAGAGAAGGUGGUGUUCGAAGUUUUCCGGGGGCAUAAGUGGGAGAUGGAGAUGGCAAAGUUCUUUCACCGGAGGAGCGAUUUCCUCAAGACCAUGGAGUUCCACUGCAUGGAUGAUAAGAGCAAAGAAGAUUACGGAGGGCCUCCGAGUGAACUAUGGGUCAGGAAGCAGAAGAAGCUCCUGUGCCUCGACGGCCGGGCCGCGGAAGACGCUCUUUUCCAGUUCUUCAAGAGACCGCUGGCGGAAAACCAUCAUGAACAUUGCGACGAUGAACGUUACCAAAGGGACUACUAUCGUGACAUGUAUGAUGUUUAAUGAGUCUUUUGUUACUACUAUGUGGCAAGAGUUGGGGCGUUUAAGUUAACUAGUACAAAUGCCCGUGCCUCCUCAAAUUUAAUUUCUCAAUACACAUAUAUAAUUCAUGAAAU